GAGUUACUCUUGGUCUCCUAUUUCCAUGCCCUUCAGUCCCUCAAUUAACUGCACUCUCACGCAAUAUUUGGCAUACAAAACAAAUAAACAAACUAGGACCAACGUGGGUGUUGGACUUUUCUAUUACUAUAAUUAAAAAUACAAUAUGAUACUGCUUCAUUAUAUACUCAUCAUGUAUCCUAGAUCUACUCAUCUCUAUUAUUUCUCCAAUUAUAUUCCUCUUCUUCCUUCUUAAGAAAUUAUUAGAUCAAUCAACAAUGUCGUCAACGCAUCAUGCUAAGACAGAUUCGGAGGUGACGAGUUUAGCCCCGUCAUCUCCGAACCGGCCCGUUUACUACGUCCAAAGCCCGUCAAGAGAUUCACAUGAUGGAGAAAAGACCACUAAUUCGUUCCACUCCACUCCUAUACUUAGCCCGAUGGGCUCACCGGGCCGACAAUCUCGCGACUCUUCCUCUACGCGUUAUUCGGGCUCGCUAAAGCCCGGUUCGCAGAAGUCGAGUAACGGGUCUAGGAGCAACAGUGGGAGACACCAUAAUCAUCGUCAUCGUAAAGGAGAUAAACAGCAAUGGAAAGAAUUUGAUGCUAUAGAAGAAGAAGGAUUACUUGAUGAUGACGCCUAUAGUAAAGGUGUCCCUCGUCGAUGUUAUUUCUUGGCUUUUGUUGUUGGAUUCUUUUUGCUAUUCACUUUCUUUUCUUUGAUCUUGUGGGGUGCUAGCAGAAAUCAGAAACCUGUCGUUACGAUGAAGAGUAUUUCAUAUAAUGAAUUUGGGGUUCAAUCGGGGAUGGAUUUCUCUGGAGUUGCAACAGUGAUGGUAUCAAUGAACUGUACAGUGAAGCUGAUAGUGCGCAACACAGGCACAUUCUUUGGUGUGCAUGUAACGUCUACGCCUCUUGUUCUUUCCUUUUCUCAGCUAACCCUUGCUACAGGAACGAUAAAGAAGUUUUACCAAAGAAGAAAAAGUCAGAGAACAGUAACAGUGAGUUUAAUAGGAAAUAAAAUUCCAUUGUAUGGAGGUGGAGUGGACUUGAUGAGCAAGGAGGGUAAACCAGUAGCACCAGUUUCGUUGACGUUAGAUUUCAAGGUUCGAGCCAGGGCUUAUGUUUUGGGAAGACUGGUUCAGCCCAAGUUUUACAAGAGGGUUCAAUGCAACGUUGUUAUGGACCCUAAGAAAAUGAACGUUCCAAUUUCGUUGAAGAAAUUCUGCACCUAUAUAUGACUUAAAAUCACAAAAUACGAAGGGCGGUGUAACAAAGAGACAAACAAGAUGACAAAAAUAUAUAGGCAAGUGCUUGCUAGCGGCUAGAUUUGUAAUAAUUUUUUGAAUUAUUAUUAUUUUAGAGGAAAAUGAGGUGUGGCUGCCAGGUAAUUUGUCGGUUUUGAUUGUGAUAUUGAGCGAAUUAUAAAUGCUGGUUGAGGAAAAUCAUAAACAUAGGAACUGAUGCAUUUAUACUUUUUUUUUAUUUCUCCAUUGUUUUGGUUCAUUCAAUCGAGAUUUGUAUUACUUUCUCCGUCA